UUUGCAUCCUAGAUCACCAUAGAUUGCCAUCUGGGUUUCUGUCCAAAGAUAAGAGAUCACUCCACCUUGGCCGCCCAAACAAACACCCUUUCACCUUCCCCCGUCUUACACAAAUCAUGACAAGUCUAAGUCCCGACUGUAACGAAUUGAAGAAGCAAUAUGAUGACUGCUUUAACAAGUGGUAUGCAAAUAAAUUCUUGCAAGGAGACACAACGCCAGAGUGUGAAGACCUCUUUAAACUAUAUCGGGCAUGUAUCUGGAGAGCAAUAAAAGAGAAGAACCUAGAUCAACUUAUCAGCGACGCACGGAAGGAGAAACCAUUUUCGGGGCCUGAGGACACACGAACGGGUGAAACAUAGUAUAUAUUCAUGUCGAAUUGGUUUACUUCUGCAUUUUGUAUAAUACAUCUAUCACUGCGAUUCUCCCUGUUGAGAUCAAAUGGAUGCU